CAUAUAAUAUAAAAUGGAAGAAAAACACAGACUCAAGAGACCCUCCUACACUUUUUAUCUCUCUCUCAUAUUACAAUUAAAACCUCCCCCGACAAAAAGAAAGAAAUAAGCAGGCACAGAGAGAGAGAGAGAGAGAGAGUUGGAGCAGAAAAACUGAGUGACUUUUAGUUAACUGGUGUGAUUCACGGGACUCACAAGAAAGCAGAAAGUAGACAAAGAGUUAGAAGGCAAAAGAAAGAAGAAAAAGAGAGAGAAAUGGAGAGGCCAAUUGGUGAAAAAAGUGGAGAGGUUCUGGAUGGUUCGAAUAUAAUGGAGUUGGUUGGGAAUGAGAAGGUAUUCAGUAAUUUCGUGGAGCAUAAGUUCAAGGAGUUGGACACAGACAGAGAUGGUCAACUCUCUGUUAAGGAGCUCCAACCUGCUGUUGCUGAUAUUGGUGUUGCUCUUGGCUUGCCUGCUCAGGGCUCUUCCCCCGAUUCUGAUCACAUCUACUCUGAGGUAUUGGAUGAAUUCACCCAUGGAAAACAAGAAAAAGUGAGCAAGACAGAGUUCAAAGAGGUUCUUUCAGAUAUUCUGCUAGGCAUGGCUGCUGGAUUGAAGAGAGACCCUAUUGUGAUCCUCAGGAUUGAUGGUGAAGAUCUGCUUGAAUUCGUCAGCAGCCCAAGUUUCGAGCCAGAAAUGGUUUCCAUAUUUUCUCAGAUUGAGUCUCCUGAAGAAUUGUCCCUACGUGAUUCUAUCGUUAAGGCCUUGGAAUACCUCACGGUUGAUCAAGGAAUGCCCCCUUGUUCAGAUUCUUGGGUGAUGAGCAAUAUUGUGGAACCUGUUCUUGAAUCAUGCCAUGGCGAAGAUUGGGAGAAAAGUGUGUCUGAAGAAGCCUUUCUUGUCGAAUUCAAGAAAGUAGCAGAGUGUGUGGCUAAACGUCUUAAAGAGCAACCUGUAAUUGUUGCACAUAGUGAAAAUGCCUUCGAUGGAAGUGACAUUAAGAGACUGUUGUCAAACAAGUUUGAGCUAGACAAGACAUUGAACGUAGCAUUAGAAAGUGUUCCAAAAGAUCGGAAUGGGAAAUUGUCAAAAGAGCAUUUGCGUGUGGCCCUGGAUGUCUUGGCCCCAUCAGCUGGUCUACCACCUCUUGGUGCAGUGGAACAGAUGGACAAGGUUGUAGGGGAAGCGUUCAAGAUGGUAAACGCAGAUGAUGGAAAUGUGGUUAAAGAAGAAGAGUUCAAAAAGAUAUUGACAGAAAUACUAGCAAGUAUAAUGUUGCAGUUGGAAGGCACUCCAAUCUCUGUUUCUUCAAAUUCAGUUGUCCAUGAGCCUUUUGCCGCUUCUUCCACAUUGUUGCAGCCAGCCACUUAAGAAAGCAUGCAUACAUGUGUUCAAUCUGUCAACAGCAUAACAGAGUCGACAAGAGGGUCAAUAAAAAUUUUGAUAACAAUAUAUAAUAUUAUAUAUAAUCACUAGCACAGGUAUGUGUCUUAGCUAAUAUAUUUUGCUUUGUUAUGUGACAAAAUGCUUGAAACAUGCAAAUAUAUAAUUAAGAAGUGAGAUGUGGAGCCAAUAAUUAUCAAUGGAUAUCCACCUCCACUGCCCUUUUUUUUUUUU